AAUAGGCAAGUGGUUGUAACUAAAUUUUUCGUACGACAACCGAAUUUUCACAGAACUCUAGCGUGUAAUAGAAAAUCGGUGUUUCGUUCCAUUUAAAGAUAAAAACGUAUAAAGUUCCACAUUCUUUCACAUAAUUUUGGUUGUUAACCCGAAAAAGUCUGUAAACGACAAACGUUUACUUCACGGGUUCCAGGUGUUGGCAAGAUCUUCAACAUUGCUCUUCUCUAUUCUGUAGCAAUUAUAUACAAGCCUAUAAUUUUUCACAAUUAAAAGACUGUAUCUCCCGCACAUUUGCUAUUAAUUUAUAGAAAAGGAUGGCCCGUGGUCAACAAAAACUUCAAUCCCAAGCAAAGGCUGCUGAAAAGUUAUCAAAAUUGAAAAAGCAGCAAGGGCAUAGCGCUACUGACCAAAAGAAAGCUGCGCAAAAGGCAUUAGUGCAUGUGUGUGUUGUGUGUAAGGCACAAAUGCCCGAUCCUAAGACUUACAAACAACACUUUGAAAAUAAGCAUCCCAAGAAUGAUCUACCAGAAGACUUAAAGGCUAUUUAAAACCAAAAGACCAUCUCAAUAUUAUAUCACCAUUUUAUAUGUAUAUGCAUUUAAACAACACUUAAAAAACAAUGAAAGUAUCUCAAUUGCAGUAUUGAAUGGUAUCUCUUUUCUGUUGGAGGUGUUUUUGAGAUAAAAUAUUAACGAAAGAAAAAUAUUAAAGAGUCUUCAUUUGUUGAAAAGUUUUUUAGUUAAUUUAUUACCUAUUACAAUUCCAUAAAUGCAUCUUAAUCAUAAAUUAAAAGCAUUUAUUGACAGUCUUGUAUGUAUAAUUAAUAUUAUAAUUAUUAAAGAAUUGUUUUUGUUUUGUAUAUACUGUGGUAAAAAUAAGGGAUAUGAUUGUACCAGUAGCAUUGAAUUUUAUAAUAUGAGGUCUUCACCCUUCAAUAAUGUAUGUAUUGGUAUCGUCUCUUAUGACCAUGGUAAUAGUAAAAUGCCAACUACCUAUAUGUCACAAGGAUAUCUCAAGUCAGUUUUGUAUUUAAAAAAUAAAUAAGUAAAUAAUCUUGAGGAGUUGUGAACUUUAGUUAUUUAUUAUCUAUACAUAAUAUAAUAAAUCAGUAAAAAAUGAA